GUUUUUGAAAAAAAAACGAAGAAAAAGGACGAAAAUUGAGGGAUUAAUGGAGUUCCAAGAAGGACAGAUAGGUGAUAGGAUAGAAACGGAGAUAUCGGGGCAAUUGAGCUCUUUUACGGGUAGCAGCAUGUCAGAACGAGAUUCUACGUUGCUCAAGGAGUUGAACGGUGUAAAAAACUUGAAUAAAGUGAUUGAAAAAGUCAUUGGUGGACUAUUAAAAGCACAGAAAGAUAUGGAGAAUGUUGAUGAAGCAGUUAAAGAUGUGGAUAAACUUCUUGAGAAAUGGAUCAAGAUAUUGAAUCAGACAGAACAUACACAAAGAUUAAUAUUAAAUAAGAAAUGGCAUGGAGCAACAAAAGAUAUUUUAGAUGCGGAAAAUGAGGCGUUAAAGAUGAAAGAACAAGGAGAAGAAAUAAAGUCGCUUGAGGGUUUAGAGAAAAAAAUGAAAGAAACAAAGAGAGAAUUGUCUAAUAUAUCUUAUAUAAGUAAUUCGGAUAAGAUGGAUAAUAAAAGAAAGGCGAAACAGAAAGAACCGACAAAAACAAAUAUUCAGAACAGAAAACCAUUUUUGACAACAAAUAAAAUGUAAUUUGAGAAAAAAAAUUAUGAAAUGAACAUUAUAAAAAGAAACAUGG